AGCUGUUCACACACUGGUUAUAAAUAAUAUACGCCCCUUCUAUGUAUUAAUGCGAAUAAUGCACGCAUUUUUUUUUUUUAAAGAAUGAUUUAUUUAUACGAAUUAUUCAUACGAUCGCUCUUCUCUUUUUAUUUGCCUUGCUGCCGCGGUGGCUAAGCACCAGGUACUUCCUGCUCCUGUCGAAAAGAAAGGUGUUUCUGUGCGCUACGUGGCCACCUGUGAGAGUAGGUGUGUUUGAUGGCGCUGCGCAGAACGAUACGCCUAUGACAUCAGAGUACCGCGAGAGCACAUCUUUCGAAUCAUUCUCGCGGUACUUUGAAGUCAUAGGCCGGUCGGUCUGCGUAGCGCCGCAUAAAGUCAAACAUACCUACUAGCGACAGUGGCGGUACUGACAGAUUCGCGAUGGCUGCUGAAGUACAGCAGGUGUUUGACAAAAAUGUCAGCGCGAUCGACAAGACGGAGAGCGUGCUGGAAAACCAAAACGACACGGAGAGUCACGAGCUCCACUCUGACGAAGAUUGUAAGUCUUGUGAGAAAGAUGAGGAAACACAGAAGUCCUGGAUUACAGAGAACAACUGGGGCUUUACUUUAGAGGAGCUCUUCGGGAUCGCGCUGAAGUUCUUUAAAGAGAUGAAUGGAAAAGCCUUCAACCCAACAUAUGAAGAAAAGCUCCGUUUGGUUGCACUACAUAAACAGAUCACAAUUGGACCUUUUAACCCAGACGCCUGUCCAGAAAUUGGGUUCUUUGAUGUAUUGGGAAAUGACAGAAGGAAAGAAUGGUUACGGCUGGGUAACAUGGCCAAAGAGGACGCCAUGGAGGACUUUGUGAAGCUUUUGAACUCUUGCUGCAGUCUGUUUGCUCCAUAUGUCACGUCACUUAAGAUAGAGAAGGAGGAUCAAGAGAAACGACAAAAAGCAGAGGAAGAGCGUCUGAGGCUCGAGAGAGAGGAACAGGAACGACAACGGUUGGAAGAGGAGGCGCGCCGCAGGGAGGAAGAAGAGAGGAGGAAACAGGAAGCGGAGCAGAUGAGGAAAGACGGGAUUGAAAGGUUACAGAUAGAGCACCAAAAACAUCAGAUCAUGGCUGUUUUGAAUGCACAAACGACUGUGCAGUUUCAACAGUAUGCCAAACAGCAAUUCCCAGACAAUCCAGAACAACAGCAGAUACUGAUUAAACAACUACAGGAACAGCACUACCAACAAUACAUGCAGCAGGCUCUCCGCCUGCAACAGAUGGCCUUGCAAAAACAGCAAAAGGACUCAGCUCAAUCACCCGAGGCUUCGCCUUCUGAAUUAAAUGAUGUGGCAUCCACCUGCAAUUCCAACAGCCAAUCAAAUUCAUUAGACACUCAAGAGCAUCAAGCCGACUCAAAAAACUUUCGUUUGGUAGUAGAAGGCAAACCAGGAGAGGUAUCUGUUGUGGCCCCAUCUAUGUGGACGAGACCUCAGAUAAAGGAGUUUAAGGAAAAGGUGUUGUACGAUAAGGAAUCUGUGAUUACGGUGGGCCGAGGAGAGGUGUUGACCGUACGGGUGCCCACUCAUGAGGAGGGCUCACACCUCUUUUGGGAAUUUGCCACCGAUCACUACGACAUUGGUUUUGGGCUGUACUUUGAGUGGAAUGAUUUGACAACACCAGCAAGCGACAAAAAUGAAGGGGAAUCUGCUGCUGAAACUAAAGACGGAACAGCACAGGUUGAAGGAGAGAAAGAACGUGAAGAAUGCAGACUUCCGCUGGUUAAUGAAGUGGUUCCUGUUUCUCGCCGAGACAGUCAUGAUGAAGUGUAUGCGGGCAGUCACCAAUAUCCUGGUCAGGGAGUUUACCUUCUGAAAUUUGACAAUUCCUACUCGCUCUGGAGGCCGAAGGUCGUCUAUUACAGAGUUUAUUACACCAGAUAAACAUCACUGAGACAAACCACAUCUUAAAAGACCAGGUGUUCAAUUCAGAUGCAAGAUGUUGAGCAUUUGAUUGUGAUAACAGUAAUGUUUUUUUUUUUAGUUACAGCCUGCUCAAGAAAUUAAUUUUUUUUUUUUGGCUUGUUUACUGAGAGAUCCUGCUUUGGCUUCCUAGUCCAAAACUUGAGAGUCAUGAUAUGCACAACAAACAUAAUUUGUUUUUUUAUAUUGUGGAUAAACUAUUUCAAUGUUUCUAAUUAUAUUUUAAUGAUUGUGUUAAAUCAAUGAAGGAAUGGUGUGUAAAAAUAUUAAUUGAUGUGGUUGAUUUAGGCACUUUAAAGAUUUAUAAAGGAGUGGAUACCAUUAUAUAUUUUUUGUUGAUUUUUCUUUACUGUUGUUUGGGGUAUUGAAUGAAUUGAAGCAAUAGAUCAUUUUGACUUUUUAUGUUAAGGUUUCAUAAUUGUACCUGGAACACUAUAAAUGUUUUUGAAUGUUGUUUCAAGGGAAAGUUCACCAAAAAAUGAAAAUUAUGUCAUUUUUUUCACUCUCAUGUUGUUACAAAACUGAAUACAUUUCUUUGUUCUGAUUUUUCCUACUGUGGAAGUGAAUGGGGCUCAUGAUUGGAUUGAUUAUAAACAUUCCUCAAAAUAUAUUUUUUCAUUGUCAUCAGAACAAAUAAAUUUAUACAGGUUUGUGAAAAAAUGAGAGUGAAAAAAUGAUGACACAUUUUAUUUUUAUUUUUGAUUGAACUAUCCCUUUAACAGUUUGUUUGUACGUUUAUGUAUGGCUCAAAAUGUGUGUUCAUAAAACAAAUACAGAAAUAAAUACUGCUGAUAUUUAAAGCAUGCUUGAAACUACACUAUAUGCAGCUGUUAGUGCGGACACAGGCAAAACUUUUCUAAACACCUUUCAAUAUAUAAAAAUAAAGUAUAUUUAAUUG